CGCGGCUCAAUCGGACGCGGCGUUUGGGAAAUUUUAAACUUGAAGGCGGGGCGGCUCUCGGCCUAGAAGCUCCUGCCAAGCGGAGCGUCUUCACCGUCCUUUGGAGACGCGGCCUGGCGGGAUGGCGGAGGAAGCAGCCGUGGCCGUCUGCGUGCGAGUGCGGCCGCUCAACAGCAGAGAAGAAGAACUUGGUGAGGCUACCCAAGUCUACUGGAAAACUGACAAUAAUGCUAUUUAUCAAGUCGAUGGGAGUAAAUCCUUCAGUUUUGAUCGUGUCUUUCACAGUAAUGAAACCACGAAAAAUGUGUAUGAGGAAAUAGCAGUACCAAUCAUUGACUCUGCCAUACAAGGCUACAAUGGUACCAUAUUUGCCUAUGGGCAGACUGCUUCAGGAAAAACACACACAAUGAUGGGUUCAGAAGACUGUUUGGGAGUUAUACCCAGGGCAAUUCAUGACAUUUUCCAAAAAAUUAAGAAGUUUCCUGAUAGGGAAUUUCUUCUGCGUGUGUCUUACAUGGAGAUAUACAAUGAAACCAUUACAGAUUUACUCUGUAACACUGAAAAAAUGAAGCCUUUAAUAAUUCGGGAGGACAUCAAUAGGAAUGUAUAUGUUGCUGAUCUUACCGAAGAAGUUGUUUACACAUCAGAAAUGGCUUUGAAAUGGAUAACAAAAGGAGAAAAGAACAGACAUUAUGGAAUUACCAAAAUGAAUCAAAGAAGCAGUCGUUCUCAUACUAUUUUUAGGAUGAUUUUAGAAAGCAGAGAAAAAGGCGAGCCAUCUAAUUGUGAAGGGUCUAUCAAGGUUUCCCAUUUGAAUUUGGUUGAUCUUGCAGGCAGUGAGAGAGCUGCUCAAACAGGAGCUGAAGGUGUACGACUCAAGGAAGGCUGCAAUAUAAAUCGAAGCUUAUUUAUUUUGGGGCAAGUGAUCAAGAAACUUAGUGAUGGACAAGUUGGUGGUUUUAUAAAUUAUCGGGAUAGCAAAUUAACACGAAUUCUCCAGAAUUCCUUGGGAGGAAAUGCAAAAACACGUAUUAUCUGCACAAUUACUCCGGUGUCUUUUGAUGAAACGCUUACUACUCUCCAGUUUGCCAGCACUGCUAAAUAUAUGAAGAAUACUCCUUAUGUUAAUGAAGUGUCAAGUGAUGAAGCUCUCCUGAAAAGAUAUAGAAAAGAAAUAGUGGAUCUUAAAAGACAAUUAGAGGAGGUAAAUAUAAAGACUCGGGCCCAGGAAAUGGAGAAAGACCAACUGGCUCAACUUUUGGAUGAAAAAGAUCUGCUUCAAAAAGUACAGGAUGAGAAAAUUCAAAACUUAACACGGAUGCUCGUGACCUCUUCUUCCCUUACAUCACAGCAGGAAUUAAAGGCUAAAAGAAAGAGAAGAGUUACUUGGUGCUUUGGCAAAAUUAACAAAAUGAAGGACUCAAACUACGUAAAUGAAUUCAAUUUGCCAAAAAAUGUAACAACAAAAACAAAUAAGACAGCCAUGCCUGCAUUAGGAGAAAUUGAUGAAUCACUCUGUUUAGAAUCUGAUAUCUUCAGCAACACCCUUGAUACAUUGACUGAGAUGGAGUGGAACUCAGCAACGAAGAUACUAAAUCAGGAAAACUUAGAAAGUGAUUUAAACUCACUUCGUGCUAAAUAUGAUAACCUAGUAUUAGAUUAUGAACAACUAAGAAGAGAAAAUGAAGAAUUGACAGUGAAAUUAAAAGAAAAGAAUGAUUUGGAUGAAUUUGAAGCUCUAGAAAGAAAAACUGAAAAAGAUCAAGAGAUGCAACUAAUUCAUGAAAUUUCCAACUUAAAGAAUUUAGUUAAGCAUGCAGAAGUAUAUAAUCAAGAUCUUGAGAAUGAACUGAGCGCAAAAGUAGAGCUGCUUAGAGAAAAAGAAGACCAGAUUAAGAAGCUACAGGAAUACAUAGACUCUCAGAAAUCAAAAAAUAUUACAAACAUGGACUUGUCGUACUCAUCGGAAAACACUGAAGACUUAAAGCAAAUGAAACAGACUCUGUUUGAUGCUGAAACUGUAGCCCUAGAUGCCAAGAGGGAAUCAGCCUUUCUCAGAAGUGAGAAUCUGGAGCUGAAAGAGAAAAUGAAAGAACUUGCUAGUACAUGCAAGCAAAUGGAAAGUGAUGUUCAGUUAUUGCAAAGCCAAUUGGAAGCAAAAAAGAAAAUGCAGGUUGACCUGGAGAAAGAAUUACAAUCUGCUUUUAAUGAAAUAACAAAACUGACCUCUCUAAUAGAUGGCAAAGUUCCAAAAGAUUUGCUUUGUAAUUUUGAAUUGGAAAAAAGGAUUACCGAUCUGCAGAAAGAAGUGAAUAAAGAAGUUGAAGAAAAUAAAGCUUUGCGGAAAGAAGUUAAUUCGCUCUCAGAAUUGAAAUCAUUACUCCCUGAGAUAGAAAUGCUGAGAAAAGAGAUAAAUGAUAAAUCUGAAGAAAUCUGUGUGAUAACAUCAGAAAAAGAUAGAUUGUUAUCUGAAGUAGUUGAUAAGGAGAGUAGAAUUCAAGGUUUACUUGAAGAAAUUGGAAAAACUAAAGAUGACCUAGCAGCUAUUCAGUUGAAUUAUAAAAGCACUAAUCAAGAAUUCCAAGAUUUCAAGACCCUUCAUCUGGAAUUUCAGCAGAAGUAUAAUACAGUCCUAGAGGAAAAUGAGAGAAUAAAUCAAGAAAUGGGAAGUCUCUCUAAAGAAGCACAAAAAUUUCGUUUAAAUUUAGAUACUUUGAAGACUGAGCUUUCUCACAAGACCCAAGAACUUAACCAAAAAACAACUGAAGGCCAAGAAAAGUUAAAUGAAAUGGAACAAUUGAAGGAACAAUUAGAAACUAGAGAUUUGCGGCUGCAAACUAUAGAAAGGGAGAAAACACUCAUUGCUGAGGAACUUCAGCAAACCUUAGAAGAAGUAAGAACAUUGACUCAAGAAAAAGAUGACCUAAGACAACUCCAAGAGAGUCUUCAAACAGAGAGGGACCAACUUAAAAGUGAUAUUCAGGAUACAGUGAAUAUGAACAUAGAUACACAAGAACAAUUACGGAAUGCUCUUGAGUCACUGAAACAAUACCAAGAAACAAUUACCAUAUUAAAAAUGAAAAUUUCUGAGGAAACAGCCAGAAAUUUGCAUGUAGAGGAAAACAUGGGAGAAACUGAAGAUGAAUUACAGCAAAAGAUGGUUGACAUAGAUAAAAACCAAAAUUUGGAUGCCCAAAAAACCAAAGCAUUGAUUGCAGAUGUUACGGACGAUGAAGCAAGUGAGCAACAGAGGAAGAUACUUUCCUUAAUACAGGAGAAAAAGGAACUCCAACAAAGGUUAGAGAAUAUUACAGCAGAAAAGGAACAGUUGAAGACCGACCUAAAGGAAAAUAUUGAAAUGACCAUUGAAAACCAGAAAGAAUUAAGAAUUCUUGGUGAUGACCUAAAAAAGCAACAAGAAAUUGUUGUACAAGAAAAGAACCGUACCAUAAAGAAGGAAGAAGAGCUCUCUAGGGCCUGUGAGAAACUGGCAGAAGUUGAAGAAAAACUAAAGGAAAAGAUUGAACAGUUCCAAGAAAAACAGCAGCAAUUUCUUAGUGUUCAAGAAGAGAUGAGUGAAAUGCAGAAAAAGAUGACUGAAAUGGAAAAUUUAAAGAAUGAAAUCAAGAACCAAGGAUUAAAAUUGGAACAAAUGGAAACAGAGAGGCUUGAGUUGGCUCAGAAACUUCAAGAAAAUUAUAAAGAAAAGAACUCUAUAACCAAGGAAAGAAAUGAUCUAAAGGAAUUACAGGAGACAUUUGAAAUAGAGAGGGACCAACUUAAAGGAUACAUAAAAGAAAUUGAAGCUACAGCCCUACAAACAAAAGAAGAACUAAAAAUUGCUCACAUGAAUCUAAAAGAACAGCAAGAAACCAUUGAUGAACUAAGAAGAAGCCUUUCUGAAAAGACAGCUCAAACGAAAAAUACUCAGAAGGACUUGGAAAAAUCCAACACCAAAUUACAAGGGAUCUUGGUGCUUCCUGAGGAACAGGAGCUACUUCCUAAUGUUAAAGAAGUCAGUGAGACUCAGGAAACAAUGAGUGAACUGCAGUUACUUAAAGAACAAUCCAAAACCAAGGAGUCCACAACACCAGCAAGCAUAGCAAUGGAAAGGUUGACUGAGAAACUCCAAGAAAGUCAUGAAGAGAUAAAAUCUCUAACGAAGGAAAGAGAUGACCUUAAGUUGAUAAAAGAAGCACUUCAGCUUGAACGUGACCAACUGAAAGAAGACAUGCGAGAAAAUUUGGCUAAAAUUCAAGAGAUUCAAGGCAAACAAGAACAGUCAUUCAGUAUGAAAGAAAAAGAUGAGACUACUAAAAUCAUGAGUGAGAUGGAAAAAUUGAAGGAAGAAUUCAAAGCCAAAGAUUCAGCACUAGUAAGAAUAGAAAUGGAAAAACUGAAGUUGUCCGAGAGACUUCAAGAAAGUCUCGAUGAAGUGAAAUCUGUGGCCAAGGAGAGAGAUGACCUGGAGAGGCUGCAAGAAGCUCUUCAGUCAGAAAGCAAGCAGCUUAAAGAAGACAUACAAGAAAUCAUAGCUAAACACCUAGAAACUGAAGAGGAACUUAAAGUUGUCCGUUGUUGCCUAAAAGAACAAGAGGAAACUAUUGAUAAGUUGAGAGUAGAUCUUUCAGCGAAGGAAACUGAAAUAUCCAGCAUGCAAAAGGAAUUGGAAAUGACCAAUGUUGAAUUACAGAAAAAGAUCCAAGAGCUUUAUGAGAAACCAGAACAACUUACUAGUGUAAAGGAAGUUUGUGAGCCUCAGGGAAAAGUGAGUGAACUGGAACAAUUCAAGGAGCUUCUCAAAGCCAAGGAGUCAACACUACAAAAUACAGAAAGUGAGAAACUUGAGUUAACCGAAAGACUUCAAAAAAGUCAAGAAGAAAUAAGAAUUAUAAUUAAGGAAAGAGAUGAGUUGAAAAGGAUACAGGAGGCCCUUCAAAUAGAAAGAGACCAACUGAAAGGAAACAUGAAAGAAAUUACAGCUAAAAUCCAAGAACUUGAAGAAAAAGAACAGCAGUAUAUUCAGGUAAAAGCUAUGAAUGAGUCUCAGGCAAAAAUGUGUGAAAUGGAACACUUGAGAGAACAAUUUGAGACCCAGAAGUCAACACUGGAAAACGUAGAAAUGCAGAAUGUACAACUGAGUCAGAAGAUCCAUGAAAACCUUGAGGAAAUGAGAUCUGUAUUAAAAGAAAGAGAUGACCUUAGGGAAAUGGAGGAGACUCUCAAAGCAGAGAGAGACCAGCUUAAGGAAAACCUAAGAGAAAUUCUAACUAAAGACCUGGAAAAACAAGAGGAACUAAAAAUUGCACACAUGCACCUCAAAGAGCACCAAGAAACUGUUGAUAAACUGAGAGAGAUUAUUUCAGAGAAGAUAGAUGAAAUAGCAAAUAUGCGGAUGGAUUUAGAAAGCUCAGAUUCUGCCUUAAAAGCACAGAUCCAAGAACUUCAGGAGAAAGAAUGUCAACUUAUUAAAGUAAAAAAUGAUCUCCGAGAAACUGUGUAUCAAACAGAGCAAUUGAAGAGGCAAUUAGAGGCCCAGAAUUCAAUUCUGGAAAGUACAGAAAUGGAGAAGUUAAGAUUGACUCAGAAACUUCAUGAAAAUCUUGAAGAAAUAAGACUUGUUACUAAAGAAAAUGAUGACCUGAAAAGAGUAAAAGAAGCCCUCAAAAUGGAACGAGACCAACUUAGGGAAUGCCUUCAAGAAACAGAAGCUAAAGAUCUGAAAAAACAAGAGGAACUAAGUAUUGCUCACAAGGAUCUGAAAGAGCACCAAGAAACUGUUGAUAAACUCCAAGAGAUUGUUUCUGAGAAGACAAAUGAAAUUGCAAAUCUGCAAAGAGAUUUAGAAAAGUCAAAUGCUAAAUUACAAGAAAAGAUUCAAGAACUUAAGACAAGUGACCAUCAACUUUUUAAGUUAAAAGAAGGUAUCAGUGAGAUGCAAAAACAACUCAAGAACCAAAGUUUAACUCUCAAUAAAAUAGAAAUGGAGAAUUUAAAUUUGGCCCAAAAACUUCAUGAAAACCUUGAAGAAAUGAAAUCUGUAAUGAAAGAAAGAGAUGAUUUAAAGAGAAUGGAGGAGAAUCUCAAACUGGAGAGAGAUCAACUCAAAGAAAACCUACAGGAAACCAUAGCUAGAGAUCUGGCAACAAAAGAGGAACUAAAAGUUGCUCAUAUGCAUUUGAAAGAUCAGCAAGAAACUAUUGGUAAAUUAAAAGAGAAAUUUUCAGAAAGGACAACUCAGAUUUCAAAUAUUCAGAGGGAUUUAGAUAAAUCAAACGAUGAAUUGCAGAAAAAGAUUCAAGAACUUCAGAAAAAAGAACUUCAACUUCUUAAAAUGAAAGACGAUGUUAGUAACACUCAUAAAAAAAUGAGUGAAAUGGAACAGUUGAAGAAGCAAUACGAGGCUCAGAGUUUAUCUGUGCAAAGUGUGGAUAAGGAUAACUUGCACUUCACUAAGAAACCUUAUGAAAACCUCGAAGAAAGCAGAACCAUAGCUAAGGAAAGCAUUGAGCUGAGGAGGAUAAAAGAGUCUCUCAAAAUGGAAAGAGACCAAUACAGAGAAAUCAUUAAAAAAAUGAUAGCUGGAGACCAACAGAACAGCAAAGAGCUAGUAGAACAUGAGAAAGUGUUAAUGGCUGAUGGACAACACCACCCUACAGAAAGCCUGAGAGAAAAAUGCUUUAGGAUAAAAGAGCUUCUAAAAGGAUACUCAGAAAUGGAGAAUCAUUAUGAGUACUUGAAUAGAAUGUCUUUUGAUUUGGAGAAGGAAAUUGAAACCCAAAAAGAGCUUUCAAUUAGAGUAAAAGCAAACCUGGCACUUCCAUAUCCACAAGCCAAACAGAUUCAAAAACUUCUUACUGCAAACCAGAGAUGUUCCAUGGAAUUCCAUAGAAUCAUGAAGAAACUUAAGUAUGUGUUAAGCCAUGUUACAAAGAUAAAAGAAGAACAACAUGAAUCCACCAAUAGAUUUGAAAUGGCUUUUAUUGAUGAAGUGGAAAAGCACAAUGAGUUGCUAAUAAAAAUACAGCAUCUUCAACAAGAUUAUGAUGUCCCAUCCAAAGACGUAAGGAUCCUCAAAUUGAACCAGAAUCUGGAUCUACAUAUUGAGGAAAUUCUCAAGGAUUUCUCAGAAAAUGACUUCCCUAGCAUAAAGGCUGAAUUUCAACAAAUAUUAAGUAAUAGGAAAGAAAUGACUCAGUUUUUAGAAGAGUGGUUAAAUACUUACUUCGAUGAAGAAAAGCUUAAAAGUGGCAUCCAGAAAGAAAAUGAUAGCAUUUGUCAAGUAAAUAACUUCUAUAAUAAUAAAAUAAUUGCUGUAAUAAAUGAAUCAACAGAGUUUGAAGAAAGAACUGCUACUGUAUCUAAACAGUGGGAGCAUGACCUGAAAUCAAUGAAGGAUAAAAAUAAAAAACUGUUUAAAGACUACCAGACUUUGAAGGUCACCUUGGCAUCUGACACCCAUAUAAACCCUAUUACACAAGAUAAUAAGAAUCCUCAUGUUACAUCAAGAGCUACACGACUAAGCACAGAGAGAAUUCAAGAGCUAGAAACUUCACUACGUGAAGCUAAAGAAAAUGCUAUACAUAAGGAAGGCAAAAUUGUAAAGAUGCAGAAAGAACUUGACAUGACGAAUGAAAUAAUAGCAAAACUUCAAGCCAAAGUUAAUGAAUCAAAUAAAUGCCUUGAAAAAACAAAAGAAAUGGUUCAAAUACUUCAGGAUAAAGUUGCUUUAGGAGCUAAACCUUAUAAAGAAGAAAUUGAAGAUCUCAAAACAAAGCUGGUGAAAAUAGACCUAGAGAAUGUGAAAAAUGCCAAGGAAUUUGAAAAAGAAAUUAAGUCUACAAAAGCCACUGUAGAAUAUCAAAAAGAAGUUAUAAGGGUAUUGAGAGAAAAUCUUAGAAGAAAUCAACAUGACCAAGAUACCUCAAUGAUUUCAGAACAUAUUGAUUCCCAGCCUUCAAAUAAACCGUUAACCUGUGGGGGUGGCAGUGGCAUUGUACAAAGCACAAAAGCACUUAUUUUGAAAAGUGAAUAUAUAAGGCUCGAAAAGGAAAUUUCUAAGUUAAAGAAGCAAAAUGAACAUCUAAUAAAGCAAAAGAAUGAACUAUUAAGCAACAAUCAUCAUCUUAACAAUGAGGUCAAAAUUUGGAAGGAAAGAACACUUAAGAGAGAGACUCAUAAAGAUGUGACUUGUGAAAAUUCUCCGAAGUCUCCAAAAGUGAUUGCAGCAGAUUGUAAAAGGAGACCAAAUAUAGCUUCUCAAUGCAAGGAGCGGAAUUUACAAGAUCCUGUGCCGAAAGAGUCACCAAAAUCUUGGUUUUUUGAUAAUAGAUCAAAGUCUUUACCAUCACCUCAUCCAGCUCGCUAUUUUGAUAACUCGGGUUUAGGCCUUUGCCCAGAGGAACAAACUGUGGGAACAGAGAAUGUAGAUCCUCAGCCAGCUCCCUGGCACACCUCCUCAGAGAAAGAUGGGCCUGAGUGCAGAACUCAAUAGCAGACUCCUCUUCUGUCAUUUCUCUGGGGUCUCAGCGUUUCUGGUUUGGAAAUGACUUUAUAUGUCUAUCCCUGGAAAUGAUGUCAUAAUUCAACUUAAUUUUAGUUUUCACUUUACCACUAGUGUUUGGAGAUGAAGGAACACAAAGUUAAUGCUUCCAAUAAUUUAGAGUGAUGAUAGCAAUUCCUUCUUGUAUGUUGAAAUACUUUUAAUAGUUGAAUUGUUUUUAUUUAUUUAUGUGUUUGUAAAAAAUAAAAUUAUUGAAGGAAAUUUUCAGUCCUUCCAGAGACAUAAAAUCUAUACAGUUUUAUUAAUGUAGCUAUUCACAUUUAAUAACUGUAAAUUGUUUCAUGUUUUCUGUUAAGCCACCCACCCCAUUCUCUAUAUAAGCACACUUGGUUGGUUUAUCAGAUGAGAUCAGACACACUCAGGGUGGUAUGGCCAAAGACAACUUGGUUGGUUUAUUACUGACUUUGUUCUCCAUGUGCGUUACUCCCAGCUGCAAGAACCUCAGAGAUUAUUUAUUCUACUCUUCCUUUUUGAUGUGCGGAAACAGUACUACAGUUUCUACCAUUCUAAACCUGGAGACCACAGGUCUAAGACAUCAGCUAUCUAAGACAUGUAUAUAGAUGGGCUUCAUGAGAUCUGUGAAACUUCUGAAAUAUAUGUGAAGUACUGUGUGUGGAUUUAUUCUUCUGGGAUAUUACGGUCUAAGAUUGCUUUGAUCCUAUUCUCAGAGGAGUCUCUAACCCUAUAAAAGUUUAAAAACUAUGGUUUUUAUUUUAUAUCAGAUGAUUUUUAAAAGCCACUUGAAAUAGUAAAUUGCAUACAGUUACAGAACAGUUAGUGAUUUCAAGAUAUCCUUGACUUUUAGAAGAUUCAUUCAAAGGCAGAGAUUAUAGAUUAUAUAAAUAUUUAGGGCCUGUCCCAAAGAAUUUUUUUAUGAGCACAUCUUCACCUUUAAAUCAAAAAGUGAGGCAAAUUACAUUCAGUGUAAAUAUUGGCAACCUACAAAAGCUAAGAAACUGCAAAACCUGAAAUGAAAUCAAACUUAAAUCUUUGGGGGACGUCAUUGUGGCAUGGCAGCUUAAUCCACAGCACUUGGGAUGCCCACAUCCCAUAUCCAAGUCCUGGAGUAAAGCUCAGGAAGGCUGAUGAUGAAAACCAUUAAUGAAAAUAGAAGAGUGUUAAAAAGCAAUAAUGUGGUCAGACAAUACUAAAAUUGAUUUCAAAACUAAAAUCAGACCAGAGAAGCCAAAAUAUUGUAUUCACAAGCCAACAGUAUGUUAGUCAAGGGUUCCGGGGGGGGGGGGGGGGGGCAAA